AUUCUGCCCAGUUCGAUCGGCAACGGGAGCGGAAAGAGGAAAGCAGAGAGCCCGAAGGCAGUAGCCCCCACCACCGCCGGCCCAGGUUACCAUCUAGCACCGGGAAACACAGCAGAGAGCCGCCGCCGGCAGAAGCCAUUACCAACCAGUAACCAACCAUGAGCAGCGAGGCCGAGACGCAACAACCACCGCAGCCUGCUGCCGAUGCGGAGAGCCCAUCCAGCCCGGCAGCCGCAGCUUCCGCGGGGGAUAAGAAGGUCAUCGCAACAAAAGUCUUGGGUACAGUCAAAUGGUUCAACGUCAGGAAUGGAUAUGGUUUUAUCAACAGGAAUGAUACAAAAGAGGACGUUUUUGUACACCAGACAGCCAUCAAAAAGAACAACCCGAGGAAAUACCUUCGCAGUGUUGGAGAUGGAGAAACUGUGGAGUUUGAUGUAGUUGAGGGAGAAAAGGGAGCAGAGGCAGCAAAUGUCACUGGCCCAGGAGGCGUUGCAGUCCAGGGAAGUAAGUACGCCGCUGACAGAAACCGCUAUCGGCGUUACCCCAGAAGGAGGGGCCCUCCCCGUGGUGGAGACUAUCCAGAGAACUACCAGAGUGACGGAGAGGGUGAGCCAGGCAGUGGAGGCCGUGACAAAGGCAGCCGUGACGGGGGAGAGAGCGCCCCUGAAGGAGACUCACAGCCACCGCAGCGCAGGCCCGCUUACCCUGGCAGACGGCGCUACCCGCCAUACUUUGGAGGUGAGGGUGAUGAGAGCCAGGGAGGUCCAGACCAGGGCAACAAACCAGUGAGGCAGAACUACUACAGAGGCUUCCGACCAAGGUUCAGACCAAGAGGUCCACCCCGUCCCAGACCGGUGCGGGACGGUGAGGAGGACAAGGAGAAUCAGGGCGGCGAAGGUGGUCAGAACCAACAGCCCCGCCAGCGGCGUUACCGCCGUAACUUCAACUACCGCCGCAGACGCCCACAGACUGGUGGCAAACCCGGCCCAGAAACCAAGGAGGCCAAGACAGGAGGUGACCCAUCUGCAGAGAAAACGUCCGCUCCCGAGGCCCAGCAGGGUGGGGCUGAGUAGGAAACAACCUGCCCACCGGCACCUACCAUCUUUUACCAUCGUCCGGUUUUUUUGUCAACAAGAAGAAACAUCAAACAAGAUCUGAGCAAUAAAGAUUUGACUUGACGAUCGUCACAAGCUUGCACCAUGCAUUUGACCAGAUUACCACCGAUUGCCUGCAGAAUCUAUGCAGACCUGUUUUUUUUUUGUUUUUCUCCUUAUUUUUAUGUGACAGCUACAAAACGUUUUGGGGAAACUGCAAAUGUUUUUCUAAAUCUGUCCUAAGUUUUUACACCAAAUGGUUUUUAAAGAAAAAAUGGAAAUUUGAUAUCUGGUCAGUUUGACAUUUUUAAAUAACUUUUUAUGUAUUCAAAACAUUUUAACAGAACGCAAGCUCAAAUAAAAGUCCAGAAACCAGGAA